CCAGGGGCCCGGGCGGCUCCGACCCCGCGCGCGCGCGCGCGGUCCGGCAGCAGGAAGUGCGGGGCGCUGAGUCGCGGCUCGUAAACGCGGGGCGGACGCGCGGGGCGGCACAAGCAGGGCGCGCGCCGGGGAGCCGCGACUCUUCGGGUGCUCCGGGAGGGCGGCGAUCGACGGCGCCAUGGACCUGGCCGGGCUCCUUGCGGACGAGGAAGGCACCUUCUCGCUCACCGGCUUCCAGGACUUUACGUUCCUCCCAGGCCACCAGAAGCUGAGUGCCCGCCUCCGCCGGAGACUCUACUAUGGCUGGGACUGGGACGGGGAGUGCAGCCUGGAGGAGCUCUCCAGCCCGGUGGCAGACAUUGCUGUGGAACUGCUCCAGAAGGCUGCCCCCAGCCCUAUUCGCCGGCUCCAAAAGAAAUACGUGGCUCAUGUGUCCCGGGAGGCAUGCAUCUCCCCGUGUGCCAUGAUGCUGGCGCUGGUAUACAUCGAGCGGCUCCGCCACCGAAACCCAGACUACCUGCAGCACGUGUCGUCCUCGGAUCUGUUCCUGAUCUCCAUGAUGGUAGCCAGCAAGUACCUCUAUGAUGAAGGAGAGGAGGAGGAGGUCUUCAACGACGAGUGGGGCGCCGCAGGGGGCGUGUCGGUGCUCACGCUGAACGCCCUGGAGCGGGGCUUCCUCAGCGCCAUGGACUGGCGUCUCUACACUGACCCACGGGAGAUUUUUGAGGUGCUGAACUGGCUAGAAGGCUGUGUGGCCGAGCAGCAGGGCCGGCGGCGCGGCUGGUACACCUACACGGACCUCAGCGUGCUGCUGGAGCAGCCGGCCUGGCAGCGGGCCCUGGGCGCCCUGUGCCAGCGGCUGGCAAAGCUGUCCUGCUUGCUGGCCGUGGCCUACGUGAGCAGCGUGGCUCUGGCCGUGGCGUCCGUGGCCGUGCUCCACCAAUCCUUGGGACUCUCCUGCAGCCCGCCCUCCGGCCCCCCGGACCUUGGACUGACCUCCGAGUGCCUUCUGAAGCCUUGCGUCCCCUCUCACGUGUCGCCGUGCCCGCUACCUCCUGCCAACGCCUCCGGCGGCGGCGUGGACAGGCUGCACGCGCUCUGGGGCAGUAUCCUGGCCUCCCUGGCGGCCCCCCCACCGCCCCCCCCAGAGCCCCAUGCCUCCUCAACCCUGCCCCCUAGCUGUCCCCUGUGUCAGAAGUUCCAGAGAAAGUCCCCAGCCUGCCGAGCCUGCCACCCUCCCAACCACACGGCCCCCACUGGACCCCCCAGGCCCUGGGACCACACGAAGGGCCUGGCGCCCCCCUGGCCCUGGAGCCCGUUGCCCCCGCUGCUCCCCCCGCCCCAGCAGUGCUCCCUGUUCAGCCUCAUGGAGCUGGCCCGCCUCAAGUCCUUCAUCUUCCCGGGCUAGGGGAGUCGCCGAGCACUGCGGCAGGAGCGUGGGCUGGGCUGGGGGGUGCAGCCUGUCCACCUAAGGGGCGAAGCUUGGCGUAGGUCCUGCCUCUGGGUCCCUGCCUGUUCCCCGGGCCCCCCCCACCCAGGUGAUGAUGGGGUGCUGGGCCGGGUAUGACGGGGCACCCACUCUUCCAGACCCCUGGGGCUUGGCUCUUGGAGGCCGGGACAGUGUUGGUAGUGGGAAGCUUUCGCAGGGUCCCGGGGGCACCCCGCACAGGUAGCAAAAAAACGCCCCCUCUCAUCUCUGUGCCUCCCCCAGGCUCGGUGGUGGGCUUCUGCUUUUAGAUUCCCUGGGAUUGGAAGGUGGGGGGUGGGGGGAGAAGGGUAGGGGGUGGAGUGGGGGCAGGGGGGGGCCAGCUCUUGGUGACUUGGUGAGGUCCCUGCGGCAGCAAGGCCAGCGGGGACUGAUGGGCCCAAGGCGGGCGGAGUGGGGUGGGCAGCUCUGGCAGAGCCGGGGCCACGGGGACCUUCCCCUCACCCUCGUCUCCCACCCGCUCCCAGGCCUCCUCCCGACUCUUCCUCCCCGGGGACCUCCUUCGGUGUCGUUCUUCUCUCCACAGGCCUCUCUGGCCACCGCUUUCUAUCUGGGUUUUUCACGCUUUUGUAGAACAGGUUUCAAUAAAUGUUUCCGGUUGCAGUG